AUUAAACACGAAAACAUUUACAAUGCAAAACACCAAGACAUUCUUACAUAAAUACCGAAUUUGUUCUGGUGAUACAGACAUCUGUUGUCUAUUCUCUUCUGAAUUCCGGAAUCAGAAUGGCCUCACUGUUGACGUCGUUGGUCGUGGUAGUUGCUGCUCUGCUGGUGUCCUCGUCAACACUUGUGUUACCACCAACUGCAUGUUCCGUGUGUUCCAUCCCUCCAGGUGGCUGUCGGUGUGGGGAAAUUCUGGACGGAAAUGGGUGUCCUACAGGAGGCUGCAGACAGUGUACAUAUAACAACUACUGCAGUUCUGUAAUGUGUAUUACGAUGUACUGUCAGUAUGGCUUCUGUCACAGUCGUGCCACGGGAUGUAUUGUCUGCAAAUGUAGACAACACAUUAUGCCUGGUCCUAUCACGUACUAGAUAACUAUCACGUACUGGAGCAGUAUCACGCACGUUGUCAGUACCACGUACUAGAUCAGUAUCACACACGGAAUCGACGUUUUUCAGGUGGCACUACACGUAGACGCAGAUUGCUGUUUAAUUAUCAAAUAAAACUGCAAGCACUA